AUGUAGGUCAGUUAGUGGCGAAACGUAUGACAAACUAUGGCCCUGACGGACGGUAGACGCCCGACAAAAGAAUCACACGCCUGGACCGCUUGGCCAUGGUCCACCGCACGGGAUACGGCCCGGGUGACGCCGAGCCCGACCGGUAGCUCCACCGGUAUCGUUUCCAGCAGCACGACCACGACCACCAUUACCUCCUAUACCGCUUCACCGCCAACGGUUUCUUUCCCUGCGGCCUUCCACUCCUCCAGCACCAGCUCCAGUACUCCGUUUGGUAGCACCAGUCCGCCGAGCGUCCGAUCGCGUACUCGACUAACGACCGUGGUCGAUCAGCUGUCAUCACUUGUGUCAUCCACGGUGACCGACGCUGACGAUGGGACGGUCGGAGACCUUUCAACACCGGUGUCAUACGGGACUGGCAACCCCAUCGGCACCAGCUUCCCCGCUACCGAUACCGGAAGCGUGCAUAAUCUCACACAAACCCUCCUCUCCAACUACACCACGGUCACGGCGGACUACGGUGGUGACAUCUCCAAUGGGUCCGCGUACUCGUCGUCACCGUCGGCCAUGUCGGUGGGUGACCGGGGGUCCACCAUACCGGGGGGCCUAUCAUUGUCCCUGCCCGAUCUGCUCGAGGAGGACGAGCUGAUGGCGUUGUGGAACUGUACCAACUGUUUCUUGCUCAAUUACGGUUCGGCCGGCGGUGUCAAUAGUACGGGUAAAUACUACGCCAAUGGGACGGUGGAUCCACGGGACGUGCUACUGCCAACGGACGACGAUGAUGCGCUUGCCAGCGAGACGACAAUCUAUCUGAUACGUGUGAUCGCGACCGCCAUCGUGCUGGGAAUCGUCAUCCUUGCGACUGUUAUCGGAAAUGUUUUCGUUAUAGCGGCCAUCUUGCUGGAACGCAAUCUGCAAAGUGUAGCGAACCAUCUGAUACUGUCGUUGGCCGUGGCGGAUCUACUUGUUGCCUGUCUGGUGAUGCCGCUCGGUGCCGUGUACGAGGUGUCGAAGGAGUGGCGACUCGGAGCCGACCUGUGCGACAUGUGGACGUCGAGCGAUGUACUGUGCUGCACCGCUUCCAUCCUUCAUCUGGUAGCCAUCGCGCUGGACCGAUAUUGGGCAGUGACGGACAUUGACUACGCCCACCAGCGUACAGCCCGCCGGAUAGGCUACAUGAUCAUCAUCAUCUGGACGCUAUCGGUGCUGGUCUCGAUAGCGCCCCUGCUCGGCUGGAAAGAUCCCGAGUGGGAAACGCGUGUCUACCAGGACCUGCAGUGCAUCGUGUCGCAGGACAUCGGCUACCAGAUAUUUGCCACCGCGUCCAGCUUCUACGUGCCGCUGCUGGUCAUACUGUUCCUCUACUGGCGAAUAUUUCUCGCCGCCCGGAAACGGAUCCGUCGAAGGCAGCAGGGAAGAACAAUAGUGCAAUUGAUACCAAAACCUUUAGUAACUGCGACGCAGACGGCGAGCGGCGGCGGUAUGAUAGCGAACGUGGCCGGCGGUUCGGGCGGUAUCGCGGCGGCGGUCGUCGCCGUGAUCGGGCGACCCCUGCCCACGAUCAGCGAAACGACGACCGCCUUCACGAACGUUUCCUCCGCCAACACGAGCCCGGAGAAGGGUUCACUCGGGAACGGCAUCGAGCGGGACCGGAUCGAGAUCGAUCCGCCGACGGCGGACAUCUCGAUGGCCUACCCGUCCGGCAACCAGGCGUCCUGCUCGUCCACCCGCCCGCCCGGCUCGGCCGGGCUUGCCUCGCGCAAGAAGACUCAGUCGUCGACCGAUUCGAAGCGCGAGCGGAAGGCCGCCAAAACGCUAGCCAUCAUUACCGGCGCGUUCGUGUGCUGCUGGCUGCCGUUCUUCAUCAUCGCGAUCCUGCUGCCGACCUGCACGACCUGCAACAUCAGCCCACUGAUAACGAGCGUCUGCCUGUGGCUCGGUUACUUCAACUCGACGCUCAACCCGAUCAUCUACACCAUCUUCAGUCCGGAGUUUCGGCACGCAUUCAAGCGCAUCCUUUGCGGGCGAAGGUACAGCUUGCGGCGGACGCGGAACCUCGGCGUGCGGCACAUGCGAUAG